GAGCUGUGUUUGGGAUCCAUGCAGCUGAGGGGGAGAUCUGCAGAGAAGAGGAGGAAAGCUUCUCCGUGUGAGGAACACAUCAGUGGAGAGACUGGACUUCUGCUGCUGGAUGCUGGCCGCUGGAACAGAGCCAAACCAGGAUCUACACAGACUGGGCUAAUCAUUACCUGGCCAAAUCUGGCUGUCCACGCCUCAUCAAGGACCUGAGCCAGGAUGUCACUGAUGGAGUCCUGUUGGCACAGAUCAUCCAGAUUAUAGCUAAUGAAAAGGUGGAGGACAUCAAUGGCAGCCCCAGGAGCCAGUCGCAAAUGAUUGAGAAUGUGGACGCCUGCCUUAGUUUCCUGGAUGCCAGAGGAGUGAAUGUACAAGGGCUCUCAGCAGAAGAGAUCAGAAAUGGCAACCUAAAGAGCAUCUUGGGCCUCUUCUUCAUCCUGUCACGCUACAAGCAGCAACAGCAGCAGCAGCAGCAGUACUACCAGUCCCUGGUGGAGCUCAGCCAGCAGACCAGCAGCACCGCACCAUCUGCCAGCAGCCUCAAAACGCAAGAGAUGCAGUCCAGUCUCACAGCACGAUAUGCAAGUCCUCCAGGCCACAGCGGAAUAGGCUCACCACAGAAGAAGAACACAAGGUUACCGGGUCCCUCCAGGGUACCUGCUGCAGGCAGCGGGGCCUCCAGGAGCCCAAGCUCAUCAAACCUCAACCGCCGCAGCCAGAGCUUCAACAGCAUCGACAAAACCAAACCUCUCCAGUAUGCCAGCGGCAAUGACAGAGAGGCUCUGAGGGGUAUCCCGGUAUCUGCCGGGAUGAAUGGGAGCGGCAUUGGUGGGACUGUUCCCACCAGUCUUAGUGGGCAGCAGCUGGCCUCUGCCAUCCCCUCGCCAACUGCUGGCAAGUCCUGGCGCAGCAAGUCCAUGAACCUCAAGCACAGCGCCACCUCAUCUAUGCUAGCCAGCCCCACGCACACAUCAUCCAUCACCCCUUCCUCUCAAGGUCCCGAAGGCCUCCAGGGUCAUGGCAGUGAAGGCUCAAAGUUGGUGUCAGUUGUCGGCGUCAGUGGGCCUCCCCAGAGGUCCAUGCUGGAGAAGUUCCGUCUGAUAAACCCUCGUUCAGGCUCGCGAGCCUCACCUUCAGUAGUGGAGAUGGCUCUGCAGGAGGAAGAUGACCUAUCAGAAUGUGGUGAGGACGGAUUGACGCCUACAGGGUCCAUGUGUAGUAGCGGCAGUAGCAGUGCUACGGCAAAACACAUAGCUACCAAGACUCCUGCAACUGCCCUCACUCCACCGAGCAAGACAUCUUCCCCAUGCCCUUCAUUUUCCAAGGCAUCAACCAAUAGCAGCAGGUCUGUGGCCCCAUCCAAAGACAAGGAGGACAAGAACAAGUCUGAGAAAUUAUUAAAGGGCACUUCUCCACACAAAGAAGAGUCCAUUUCUGAUUCUUCCAAAAAGACCUCCAAAAUUGGCAGCCUAAUCCCCAAGGGAGGGAAGCAGUCAUUGGGGAAGAAAGAUGGAGACACUUCAUCUGUCUCCAGUGGUAUCCCAAAGCCUGGACUCAAAGCUCCCUCCAGUACGACGACCAAACCGCAGAGUCAAUCGCAAACUCAAAACCAGGCCGCCUUAAACAGCAGUGGAAACCUACGAGGGGGCGAGGGAGAGAGAACCAAGAUGACAAAAGGUGGACAAGGUGGCAGUUUCUACAUGCAGCGCUCCACUGGGGCCUCAGAGGGAAAACGCACCAGCAUGACCUCCUCCACCAGCACCUCGGCCCUGUCCGGGUCCAGUGGGCUUAUAGGAGGGGGAGGAGGAGGAGGAGCGCUUGGGGGGAAUGGAGUAGUCCAGCUCCCUCAGCAGCAGCAGCACAACCACCCCAACACUGCCACUGUGGCCCCCUUCAUGUACAGGACAUUCUCAGAGAAUGAUUGCACCAUGGUGGCCCCAGCCGACCCUUGCUUCAGUCCCACCAAGGGAGAGCUGGUUUGCAGCAAGACAGCCAAGCAGUGCCUGGAGGAGAUAUCAGGAGAAGACCCGGAGACGAGACGCAUGAGGACGGUGAAGAAUAUCGCUGACCUGCGGCAGAACCUGGAAGAAACCAUGUCCAGCCUACGGGGGACCCAGAUCAGCCACAGCACACUCGAAACAACCUUUGACACCACGGUAACCACUGAGGUCAAUGGUCGGAGUCUCCCAGCCCUUGCCACACGCUCCUCCCCCAUGGCCUGGCGUCUGGGCCAGUCACAAAGCCCCCGUCUCCAGGCAGGCGAAGCCCCCUCAAUGUCCAGCGGCUACGCUCCUCCACGGACGAGCACAACCGGUGCCGGCACCACAACAGGUCGCUACAGCGGCCACUCUGACCCCUCCAGGUUUGUGUACAGCACCCCUUUGAGGCGUGUGGCAGGGGCAAGAGGAUCGGAGCAUGGGGAGGAGGGAGGAGGAGGGCUGGAAGGAGGAAAGCAGAUGGAGGUGGCAGGGUACAUGACUGAUGGGGACAUCCUAGGGAAGAACAGCCGGAUGGAUGAAAACACCAGCGGAUACCUUACAGACGCCGGGCUCCAUCUGUAUGCACGAAACCCAGCCCGAAGCUCAGACGUGGGCUCUUCCCGAGAGACGUCUCAAAGAGGAAGCAAAGACGCGCAGGGUGACAUCGACAGCUGGGACGACAGCAGCUCAGUGAGCAGCGGCCUGAGUGACACCCUGGACAACUUCAGCACGGAUGAUCUGAACACGCCCACCUACUCCGCCGUCAGCUCGUCACGAAAAAACAAGGGAGCACAGUCUCAAAGAGGAAGCAGGUCCAAGCCUGCUAAACAGGAGGUGAGCAGCAGCUGGGCAGGAGCCGAGGACCUGAAGAAGGUGGAGGAGGAGCUGGAUGCAAGCAUGGAUCCCAGCAGUAGCUCCUCUCGCUGGAAGACUCCCUCAUCCUCCUCUUCCUCCCAACCCCAAUGCCAGUAUGAGGACAUUGGUCAGAAAGCUGUUGCUCUGGCCCAAAUGUCCCAGACAGGUUCAUGGAGGAGAGGCAUGACAGCCCAGGUGGGCAUCACGCCACCCAGGACGAAAGCUACUACCUCUGCCACCCUCAAAACCUCCGGAAAAACUGACGACGCCAAGGCUUCCGAGAAGGGCAAGGCCCCUACCAAGAGUUCAGCUGCCAUCCAGCGGUCACCUUCAGAUGCUGGGAAGAGCAGCGGGGAUGAAGGCAAGAAACCCCCCUCUGGUAUUGCACGCCCACCCACGACAGGGUCCUUUGGCUACAAGAAGAUUCCAGGCCCCACUGGCACGCUAAUCACUUCAAGUGGCGCAACACUUGCAAGUGGCUCAGCCACCUUGGGGAAGACCCCGAAAUCCUCAGCUGCCUUAGGGAAAGGAACAGGCAUCAGUGGUGCACGCAAGACAAGCCUGGAUGGUUCGCAGCCUGAAGAUGAUGCCAUCCUACUUGGUUGUGGAGGCUCCAAAGUAUCUUUGCAGUACCGUUCUCUACCCAGACCAGCUAAAUCUUCCAGCGGAGUAGCAGCAGGGCGUAGUGGGCACCGCUCCAGUUCCAGCAGUAUCGACUCCAAUGUCAGUAGUAAGUCAGCUGGAGGGGCAACAGCUCCAUCGGGUACGAAACGCAGAGAGUCUGGGAAAGUGGGCUCGGAACGCUCCAGUCCCAUCACAGUCAACCAGACCGACAAAGAGAAAGUGUCUGAUCAGGACCCAGCAGGUGCACUGUCCACCUCUCCCAAGUCCAGCCCUACCUCCACUUCGACAGGCCAGUCAGGACUCAGGCAGCCUGGCUCCAAAUACCCAGAUAUCGCUUCACCUACCUUCCGCAGAUUGUUUGGCACCAAAGCCAGCAGCAAGGCCAGCUCUCCGGGUACGCCCGAUUCUGGCAAGUGCCCGUCAAUACUGGGCAGCCCCCACGGCACCCUGGCGAGGCAGGCCAGUCUGGACUCGCCCUCGUCCGGCACGGGGAGCCUGGGCAGCGCUGGAGGCCACAGCGGUAGCAGCAGCCCACUGUACGGUAAAACACCAGACUUGUGCACUGACUCCCCGGCCUCCAGCCCCGCGUCUGGCCUCUCUCUGCCCUCCAACACUCGGCCCUGGCCUGCUAGCAGCUCCUCAGCUGGCAGCAAGGACACACUGAGCUGCCAAAGCAUGACCAGUCUGCACACCAGCUCUGAGUCCAUUGAUUUGCCACUGGGCCACCACGGGUCAAAGGUUACACGAACUGGCAGUGUCAAGUCCACCCUGUCUGAAGGCAUGCCUCUUGACAGAAACACACUUCCCAAAAAGGGACUGAGGUAUCCCCCAUCUUCUCGGCAGGCUUCCAGUGAGGAAGGGAAGGAGUGGUUAAGGUCUCAUUCCACUGGGGGACUUCAGGACACGGGCAGCCAGUCCCCACUGUCUCCUCCUGGAGCUGCCUGCACCACCGCUGGGAAAUACCACUACUCCAACCUGUUGAGCCCUACUAACAUCACCCAGUAUAACCUGCCAUCAGGCAGCAGCAACAUGAGCCGCUCCAACAGCAUCCCCGCGCACGAAUCCUUUGACCUGUACGGAGAGGGUCACCCACUGGGUGGCAGCGCAACCUCUCUGGAAGAACGACCGCCAGCCAUCAGCCGCUCUGGCUCCUUCAGGGACAGCACUGAUGAAGUUCACGGCUCAUCACUGUCUCUGGUCUCCAGCACGUCUUCACUUUAUUCAGCAACAGAGGAGAAAGCGCACUCAGAGGGCCAAACAGUCCAAAAUUCCACGCAAAUCAGAAAGCUGCGUCGAGAACUGGAUGCCUCUCAGGAGAAAGUGGCGACCCUAACAUCUCAGCUAGCUGCCAACGCUCACCUGGUGGCGGCCUUCGAGAAAAGCCUGAGUAACAUGACCUGCCGCCUGCAGAGCCUUACCAUGACUGCAGAGCAAAAGGAGUCUGAGUUGGCAGAGUUGAGGGAGACUAUAGAGAUGCUGAAAGCUCAGAAUACUGAUGCCCAGACAGCCAUCCAGGUGGCGCUCAACGGCCCUGACCACCUACACAAAGACCUGCGGAUUAGACGCCAGCACUCGUCAGAAAGUAUGUCCAGUAUCAACAGCGCAGCCAGUCACUCUAGUAUGGGCAGCCUGAGCAAAGAUGUUGAAGACAAGAAGAAGAAGAAGAAAAGCUGGGUGGCUGACUCCAUCCCUGCUCAGUUACGCAGCUCCUUCAAGCAAGCGUUCAGCAAGAAGAAAACCAAAUCGCAGUCAGCCCACGACGAGAUGGAGGAGAUGACUGACUCACUGCCGUCAUCGCCCAAAUUGCAGCACGACAACAGACAAGGCAGCGUCGCCAUGCUGCGCUCGUCACCCUCAACAACAGAGCUUUGUGAAUGCACUGAGGCUGAAGCAGAAAUCAUCCUGCAGUUGAAGAAUGAGCUGAGGGAAAAGGAGCUCAAGCUGACCGAUAUCCGUCUGGAGGCACUUAGCUCCGCCCACCACUUGGACCAGAUCCGAGAGGCCAUGAAUCGUAUGCAGAAUGAAAUUGAGAUGCUGAAAGCGGAGAACGAUCGUCUCAAGUCCAGUGGCAAUGCCACCCCAAUGGCCAUGCCUGUCAAGACAGCCCGGCCACCCUCUGAGACCUCCAGCACGUCCUCUUCCUCCUCGCGACAGUCUUUGGGGCUGUCUCUCAACAACCUCAACAUCACUGACACCAUCAUGUCAGAUAUUCUCCUCGAUGACAGCUUUGAGGGCAACUUACGUAAAGAGGGCCGGAGUGUACGAAUCAUGGUCACCAUCAACAGAGGGUCAAACAUCACCAAGGUGUCACAAAGCCAGGAGUACCUGAUUGGUUCUAUAGGCGUGAGUGGGAAAACCAAGUGGGACGUCCUGGAUGGUGUCAUCCGACGGUUAUUCAAGGAGUACGUGUUUCGGGUGGACCCUCUGACCAGUCUGGGUCUGAGCUCUGACAGCAUCGUGUCCUACAGGAUGGGCGACGUCGUUCGCUCCCACACUUCCGAAGUGCCUGAGCUGCUGCCUUGCGGCUACCUGGUGGGCGACAGCAACGUCAUCAAGGUCAACCUCAAAGGUGUGAAGGAAAACAGUAUAGACAGCCUGGUGUUUGAUACGCUCAUUCCUAAACCCAUCAUCCAGCGGUACCUCAACCUGUUGAUGGAGCACCGUCGUAUCAUCCUCUCAGGACCCAGCGGCACCGGCAAAUCCUUCCUGGCAGCUAAGGUGGCUGAAUACAUCAUCUCUCAAAUGGGGAAGGAGAUGACUGAGCACAACGUGGCUAGCUUCAAUGUGGACCAGAAUUCCAGCAAGGACCUGCGUCAGUACCUGUCCAACCUGGCAGAACAAUGCAACUCUCAGAAGACAGACACAGAGCUGCCCACUGUGGUCAUCCUGGACAACCUCCACCAUAUUGGUUCCCUCAGCGACAUAUUCAACGGCUUCCUCAACUGCAAAUACCACAAAUGCCCUUAUGUAAUUGGGACCAUGAAUCAGGGAGUUUCAUCUUCUCCAAACCUUGAGCUACACCAUAAUUUCAGGUGGGUGCUGUGCGCCAACCACACUGAGCCAGUCAAAGGUUUUCUGGGCCGUUUUCUACGGCGGAAGCUCAUCGAGACAGAGAUCGAUAAGAACAUGCGCAGCAAUGACUUAAUAAAGAUCAUCGACUGGAUACCCAAGACAUGGCAGCAUCUCAACGGCUUCCUGGAGACACACAGCUCGUCUGACGUCACUAUAGGCCCUCGUCUCUUUCUGUCCUGUCCCAUGGAUGUUGAAGGUUCCCGGGUUUGGUUCACAGACUUGUGGAACUACUCUCUGGUGCCGUACCUGCUGGAGGCAGUGAGGGAGGGGCUUCAGCUGUAUGGUAAACGCGCAGCAUGGGAGGACCCGUCUAAGUGGGUGAACGACACGUAUCCGUGGAACACUGCUUUCCUGCAGCAAGAUGGCCAGUCGCUGCUUCAGCUGAGACCAGAAGACGUGGGAUACGACGGCUACAGUUCAUCCAAGGAAGGCGCCUCGUCGAAGCAAGUGUCUCAGAGCGACACUGAGGGAGACCCACUGAUGAACAUGCUGCUACGGCUGCAGGAGGCAGCUAACUACUCGAGCACGCAAAGCUGUGACAGCGACAGCACCAGUCACCAUGACGACCAACUGGACUCCUCUCUGGAGUCGGCGUUGUGAGGCUGAGCGCCGUGACGGGACACACUGCAUCCUUGGAACGCUGGACACAAACAGAAAACCCCAGUACUGCACAGAUCUAUAUAACAUAUGAAAAGUUUUAUUGUCCAUUUAAGGGGAUUAAAAAAACUAUUUUUACAUAAUUAUUAAUGGUGCAAUAUUAAAAACAAAUUAUUCUAUGUUUAAAAGGGCAGUUCCUAAAUGGCAUCCUCUGGUCAGAAGGAUGAAAAAACUCAAUUUGGAUCAUUUACAUUUAACGGACUUAACAUGAUGUUUUUGUUGUUGUUUUUUGUUUGUUUGUUUUGUUGUUUUGUAUGGAUACAUAACAUUUUAGAAUACAUCAUAUAUGUGUGAAGGCAGAACAUGUCCGAAACGCAACAGUUGCCCCUCUGAAGUUAAUUUGAAAUCACACUUAGUGCUCAGCCAUCGUGAGGCGCUGUUCUCACAACAACUUUCACCUCGGAGUGUCAAUCUCUGAAUCACAAAAAAAAGAGAAAAGUGAAGAGUUUUGACAUAAGUGCCCCCCCCCCCCCCCCCCCCCAAUCUCUCCUGUAUCUUAAGAUGUUUACAGCGGGGGUCAGGUUCUGUUGUAUUUUUCUUGUUUACAGAGGUGCUUCUCACACAGACACACACACUCAUGCACUUACAUACAGGCAGCAGGAGAUGCGAGGAGGUUUGAUCCCCCGUGUGACCAACCAUCCAGCCUGCCGUCGUGACUUUGAGCAAGGGGGGAGACCGAGCUAUGGCCGAGCCUGACCUUUGGCACCAUACAGAGGGAGGCCAGCAAGCCGCAGAGUGUUUACAGGUGCUAGAGUGCCAUCUGGUGGUCAGAAAGCUGGAGCUUGUUGUGUCUUUGUUCACAAUUUGGCUGUUAAAGAGGACUUUCACCCAUAAAUUUAAUGCAUUUGUGUGUUUCUGUGACAAAAUGUCCUCGUGGUGGCGCUCUCCUGCCCUAAACCUCCGCGAUGUUAGACACUGCCAUGCCGCUCGCUCACCUGCAUGCUAGCAACAAGCACAACGAAUGUGCGGUGUCUGUGUGCCACAUUAUUACUGUGAAGAAAAGUGGUCAAGUGCCAAUAUUUCCCUUUGAUUUACUGCCAAAUGUACAUAUGACACAUACCCACAGACAGACAGUCCGCCCCAGUGUAAAGCUGAUCGUUGCUCCGAGCGCCGUCCUUGAACCACCGCACUCCUCAGCCAGUUUUCAGUCAGAAUUCACAAGUAGAGCUUGAGGCAUCGCUGAAUGUCUGCACACCCCUGGGUAAAUUAACACAUGUUUUUACUUUUGUCACCUCAAAAAAAAAAAAAAUCAGGCUUGUUAUAUAAUUUUUAAUUCUGGUCUUUAAUCAGUGGC